AUGUCGUGGGCUGAUGAGAAAAAGGGCGUUGAGGCUCAAUUGCCGGUGCCUGUUUUGGAACCGAGAGUCGAGAGUAGAGAGACUCAGAAGAAGAAGAAGAAGACUUGGUCGUUGAUUUUCUCGGUUGUAGCAGGAGUCAUUUUUGUCGGUUUGUUCAGAUCGAUUGUGAGUUCUGGAUUCUGGCCUCAUUUUCGGUUGAGAUUCCCUCACCAUUGCCAUGGUUCAGAUGGUGAUGAGUCUGGGGAUUUGGUUUGGAAAGAGCUCGCUAAGGGAUCGAAUGUUCUGCAUGCCAAUAUCACACUUCCUCUUGAUUAUAAUGAUAGAAGUGCUGGAAACGUGACAGUUGCUUUGAAUAAGAUUCCUGCUACUCAUAAAGAUGGAUCGCUCGGAUCGAUUCUUCUCAAUCCUGGUGGUCCUGGUGGUAGUGGUACAAACCUGUUGUACCGUAGGGGUGCUGAUAUUUCAGAAAUUGUCGAGGGUAGAUACGAUAUUAUUGGAUUCGAUCCUCGUGGUAUCAAUUGGACUAGUCCUAAUUUCUACUGUGGUGUCGGUGAUAAGCAGAUUUCUGGAUUUAAUGCCAUCUCUAAUGAAUUGCUUAGCACUCAUGGUGAUAAUGUGUCGUAUGGUGAACAGCUGGCUUAUGGCAAAUUACAGGGCCUGGCUUGUUCAAGUGAUGACAGUGGAAAGUAUAUUUCUACAGCUCUGGUGUCUACUGAUAUGCUUCAUAUCUCUCGUGCUCUGGGUGAUGAGAAGCUUAACUACUGGGGAUUCUCGUAUGGAUCGAUUCUCGGUAACACGUUUGCACAGAUGUAUCCUGAAUCGGUUGGAAGAAUGAUUGUUGAUGGAGUCAUGGAUGCUGAAGAUUAUUAUGCUGGUACCUGGUUUUCGAAUCUCGAGAAUACCGAUAAUGUUACUCGUACUUUCUACGAAGCAUGUUCUGCUUCGACGAACUGUCCAAUUGAAGGAUCUCCUGACGAGAUCGAGCAUUUGUUUGGAGACUUGAUUACUAAACUCAAGUUUGAACCUGCCACUGUAUUUGAUAUUGAAUCUGGAUCCGUGGGUCUUGUAACCUAUUCCGGAUUCCUGUCGUCGUUUUUUGCCACUCUUUAUUCACCAGUUGUAUGGAACCGAUUUGCCAAUGUCACUUUGGACCUGCUCAAUGGCAAUGCUCUUCCAUUCUACCAAAUGUACCUUGCCCCCGGUCCUGAUGCUGAUAGCCUUGCUGACUCUGCCGGAUAUGCCACUCUCUGUGGAGACGCAUCCAACGCUACAUAUCCCAAGACUGUCACGUCUCCUGAAGCACUUAAAAAUCUCGUCGCUACUUUGAGAAAGUCGUCUAAAUGGUGGUCCGACAACUGGCUCAUAGCUUCCGGCUGUUUUGGAUACAAACAAACUCCAGUCAUGCUCUGGGACGGACCGUUCCAAAAAGUCAAUGCGUCCAUGCUGCUCAUUGGCAACACUUACGACCCCGUUACACCUAUCAGUGCUGCCAGAAAAAUGGCUACUUUCUACACCGACUCAGCAGUCAUCCACCAGAGCGGAGUCGGCCACUGUUCUCUCGCACAAAAGAGUUCCUGUACAGCCGAACUCGUGCGCAACUGGUUUAACAACGGCGUCCUCCCACCCCCCAAUACCGUCUGCCCGACCGACGAAGUCCCCUUCGAAACCGCCCAAGAGGCCACGGUCACUGACCUCUUUAUUCCCCGUUUCUUCUCCGUGUAA